AUGGCGGGAAGAUCCGAGAAAAAACGUAUCCUGAGGGAAAAGAGUGUUGGUUUCUUGUAUACCAUCAUCGCCCUGGUUUGCCUGGUAAGUGCAACGUUCAUUUAUCUUACAACGCGACACACACCCCAACAAAUCCCCGUAAUAUACGAUUCUCAGGCUUUAUGGCUCAUACGACAUGUAGUAUUUCCAAGAGGAGGCAUUAAUCCUGACGUAAAAACGUUUCUAUGGAGAGCUGCGCUUAUUGUUGUACCUUACGGUAUCAGCCUAGCAUCUAUUCUUAGCAGUCUUCGACUGGGAGUACAAUUCAGCGUUUCAAACGAUCUAUUUUGCCUUACUACGGUUGUAUGUAUCGUCAGUAUCUUCGUAGACUGGGCAUACAAGCUACUAGCUAUAGUCCCUAUAUAUGCAUUUUACAAACUGGCGAGACUAAUAUACACAUGGGCUCUUACCCCUGAACCUGAGGCAGAAGUCAACCCUAAGAAGGCCGAGAAGGCGAAGCGCAAGUUCAAGACCAUCAGGGCCUGA